CAGGUAGGCUGUUGAUGUCGCGCGCAGGGCUGCAGCCAUCUGUACUCACUGCUGUUUCUGUAAAACUGUCCUGUGUCUGAGAGGAAGAGGGGGGCAUCUGAGGGUUGUUUGCACUGAGGAAGGAAGCAGGAAAAGCAAUGAAAUGUCUAUAAUUAACUCCAAGUGCUCCUUCUUCUGUUUUUUUCCCCGGAUCUCACAGUGACGUUUGGGUUGAAGAAGGGACUCCGCGGUGUGUGUGAAGACAUGGAGGAGUGGUGCUGAAAGCGUCAUUGUUGGGUAUAUUUUUAACUCCAGUACAGUAUAUGAACUUAUGCACUCCUCAGCUCUCACACUGAGCUUUUUGGAUUAGUUUAGCCGGAUCAAUAUUUAUGCGUUUGGGACCGUCUGGAGCCAUCUGCACUCUUCCUGGUGGAGGUUUAGGACUGACACAGUGAUGGAGGACAUUGACAUCGAGCAGCAGGAACCGCUUCCUGUCGACCGAGAUGGGAGACCGCUCAGGAACGCAGGGGACGAGCCUGACAGUAGCAGAAAGAUGGGAUGUUGUGAGAAGUUCCAGCACUCUGUCUCCAAAUGGAUGCUUCCAGCAGACGUCCGCAGCAAGUACCUGGAACGGGCCAACUGCUGCCCGCCCCCCAUCUUCAUCAUCCUCAUCAGUAUUGCAGAGCUGGCAGUGUUUAUCUACUACGCUGUGUGGAAGCCUCAGAAGCAGUGGGUGACCCUGGAGGAAGGCAUCUGGAAGAGUCGCCUCACAUACAAGCCUGAGUGCAGGCAGCAAGCAUGGCGCUUUAUCUCCUACAUGUUUGUCCACGCUGGUGUGGAGCACAUCGUGGGCAACCUGGUGAUGCAGCUGCUGGUGGGCAUCCCGCUGGAGCUGGUUCACAAAGGCUUUGAAGUGGGAAUGGUUUACCUGGCCGGCGUCCUGGCAGGAUCGUUGGCCAGCUCCAUCUUUGAUCCUCUCAGUGCUUUGGUGGGAGCGUCUGGGGGUGUGUAUGCUCUGAUAGGAGGCUACUUUAUGAACGCAGUGGUGAAUUUCCGAGAGAUGAUCCCUGUCCUUGGAGUAUUUCGUAUCCUCGCCAUAGUGAUAUUUGUUGCCACAGAUUUUGGAUUUGCCUUCUACAGAAGAUUUGUCAGCGACGAUGCUGGCAUGAAGGUGUCCUUUGUGGCUCACUUUGCAGGGAUCGUGGCCGGUAUGACCAUCGGCUACGUCUUCUUUAGCGCUUACAACAAGAAGCUGCUCAAAGACCCACGCUUCUGGCUGUGUAUACUGGGAUAUGUAGCCUUUGUGAUCUUCGCUGUGGUCUUCAACAUCUUCCUGACCCCAGCAACAUAAGAACAUGAAGCUGCACCAACCCUUUAUUUGUUUUUAAGUUAACACGAAAUGCCUUAAUGUCACACUACUCAGGAAGCUGUAUUUUACUGAUGUUGUUCAGAGGAAAGUUGCAGGGAGUUUGUAAAUGUAGUGCAAAGGGUGUUUUUUUUAAAAUUAUUUUUCUAUCAGAUUUUCCUUUUUAGAGCUGAAUGUGUGCGCUCAAGGGGAAGGGUGCUUCCUGCUGUUCAUGUGUAGUAUUGCAGAAGGCAUAUUUUGCACUAAAGACAAUGGUGAGCAAAACGUGCCUUUAAAAAGUGAGUAAAUUAGAACUGAAUUAAAUGUUUAUGUACUUUUUUUAAUAUGUUGUCAUUGAUAUUUGUAGUUUUUUUGAUGUGAGAUCUCUUUGUGCUUGUCAUCAGGAUAUUACUGAACACACUGGUCCUAUGUCAUAUCAUUUUUCUUUAAAAGUAAAUAAUGCUCAGGCUGUUAAAUCAUCAAGGACUCUUAUGGACUCUCAGUAUUCAUAAAAUGUGCCUUAAACAUGGUGACAUCACUACAUUAAACACUAAAUUUGACGAGUCUCAGGUAAACAUGGGAUAUUUUUAAAAAAUCCUGGUGUUGCUCCUGACGUCUGUAAGGAAAACAGCUGGUUUACCAACAGGCCGUGGCUUAAUGCCAAGCUAUUGUUUCAGUCACAUCCUGUUGACCAGACACGGCCAAUUACACACGAGUUACAGAUCUCUGUCGGUCAUGCUCGUUGUUUUUUAACCUUGGAAAUAGAAAACUUAGGCUUCAAACAUCAACACCCAGCUUUUAAAACGUCAUUUACUAUAGUGAAAAUAAACAGUGGUUGGUAUUGUACAAUACUCCCACUUAACUUGAGGGAAACUGUUGAACGUUAAGUGGAAGUUACAGCUUUCAGACGGUACAUUUUCUGUUUCAUGAGCAUGGAAAUGGAAAAACUAAACUUGUGGUGUGAGCAGAGGGCAUUGGGUACAUGUUGAAUUUAGAAACAGAUGUUAUGUUUGUACUUUUAUCUAAAACCACAGGUAAAUUACAACCAAAGACACCUCCUACACCUGGCUUUUGCAUUUCCACGGCUCAGUGUUUAAAGUAUUUUAUUAAAACCUGAUGUUUUUUUUGAUGAAUUUGAUGUCAAAUUGAAUCUUCUGUAGAAACAGGACAAGAUUAUUGAUUUUGUCUGAUGAAUGUGAACAGAAUUAACACUAAAAACUACAUUUUCACUGGUUGGUCUUCCAACUCAUUGUCAAUUAGCAGAUAACAUAGUGUGUGUAUAGCAGUCUAAUGUUUGAUGUUGUGCAGACUCUGCUACAUAUAUUUGAUUGUACCCGUAUGGCAGUGACAGCUUUUUAUAGUAUGGAAAGUUCCAUAGUUUCCAAACAGCUCAUCAAUAUAACUUAGUGCAUCAAUAUUCAAUUACCAUGAGCUUGUUUGCCUUGACCCUGAAACAGUGGGAAAUGGUAUGUUGCCCUCUCUAGCACAGCAAUCGAAAAAAAAUCUGAUGUCACAGGACAGAACUGCUGAAACAUUAAAAUCUGCCAGAUUUCA